AUGAGUUCACCCAUUAUUAUCUGUUACACUGGCAUUGUGGAGAAAGCAAUCAAGGAACUGAAAACUGAAGGUCGAAAUGCAGCUGCAGUUUUUGUCACUUCCCCUACUUACCACGGUAUAUGUAGCAACUUGACCGAGAUCUCCAAGCUGUGUCAAUCUUAUAAUAUUCCUUUGAUUGUUGACGAGGCUCAUGGUGCACACUUGGGAUUUCAUCCCAACACGCCUUGUUCAGCCCUCCAGCAAGGUGCUGAUCUUGCAGUGCAGUCGACUCACAAAGUUUUGUGUUCUCUUUCACAGUCAUCAAUGUUACAUAUGUCAGGAGAUCUGGUACAUAGAGAGAGGAUUUGCAAAUGCCUUCAAACCCUUCAAAGCACUAGCCCUAGUUAUCUGCUUUUAGCAUCACUAGAUGCCGCUAGGGCUCAACUAAGUGAAAGCCCCGAAACAAUUUUCAACAAAGCAAUGGAACUGGCUGUUGACAUGAAAACUUUGAUCAACAAAAUACCAGGCAUUUCGGUCCUCGAUUUUCCAAGCUUCUCUAGUUUUCCUGCUUUUGAUCCCUUGCGAAUUACUAUAGGCGUGUGGCAGCUUGGUCUUACUGGAUAUGAAGCGGAUGAUAUUUUAAUCCAGGAUUUUGGUGUGAUUUCUGAACUUACAGGGUCUAGAUCCGUUACCUUGGCAGUUAAUAUAGGAAACUGUAGAGAACAUGUUGUGAGACUAGUGUCAGGAUUCAAGCAUUUAUCAGAAACUUUCUCACUAAAUCAGGGCAUGCGUGGACACAGAUUGGAUGAUAUCGAUUGUUCACCAUUUGAUGACAUUAACAUGAGCUUGAGCCCAAGAGAGGCCUUCUUUGCAAGUAAAAGAAAAGUGAGUUUUAAAGAGAGCGUGGGUGAAAUAUGCGGGGAGCUUAUAACUCCAUUCCCACCAGGGAUUCCUGUACUGAUACCGGGCGAGGUUAUCACAGAGAGAGCAUUGAAUUAUCUAUUGCAGCUUAGAAGCAGGGGUGCUGAUAUUACUGGAGUUGCUGAUCCUCUUCUGUCUUCCAUAGUUGUAUGCAAUACUUGAGUUGAUGAUCCUCCUCUUCUAUCAUCUUCCAUGGGUGUACCUAAUUCUAAAUUUGUCUUUAACAAGUGAUUGACCAUUUUAUGGGCAUUUACA